CCUCUUCGCCUUUGGUGCCCCCUUCCUCUGGCCUCGGCCUCGCUUCUGGUUCCGUCGAUGUCCGGGUCGGCUCGGUUCUCGCGCGCGGCUCGCCGUUUCUUCUAGCGCGGCGCGAAUCCGGGGUGUUGAGGAACAUAAUUUGCUGCUGAAGUAGUUCACUUUCAUGGAGGAAUUUGGCGCUACUCGAUUUGAAAUUCUUGGUAGCGCUGUGAGGAAGAAGAGGACCCGUGCAGCUCGCCGUCCUCGAUCUGACUCACAUUCAUAUGAAGGUCAUGAUCUUUCACCAUUGUCAUCAGCACCUGCUUCGGACGAUGUGAGCAAGGUCUCCAGUGAUGACAAUAAUGGUGGGGACACUAAUUCCAGGAGAAAGGAGUUUAACCUUAACCAAUGCGUCAUCCGUGUUUCUUCUGGGGCAGUUGAUUCUGAGAAAAUGCAGAAGAAGGUGAGGAGGGAUGACGAAGCUUUCGAUGCGUUUUACAAUAACGAGCCUGGACGAAGUGGGCUUAGUAACAAGCGAUCUAGUGAAGGUGUUCUGGCCCCUGCUAAUUGGAAAAGUACUAGUAAGGCUCCUGAUAAUUACGGGGGGAGGAAUGGUGAAAGUCAAGGUCCAGGGCAGUCAGCCAUGACUAUAGAUGGAGUAGGAAACGAAAACAAGGUUAAGAAAGUAAAACUAAAAGUGGGAGGUGUUACACAUACAAUUUCCACCUCUAAUGGCACACAUGAGAGUGGGUCUUUUGUGAAGAGUUCACGAGCUUUAGAUUCUUUGAAGCCAAGGCAAAGGCCGAAUCUUGAGGGAAAUUUAGAUGGCACCCCUUCUCUAGAUAAGAGGACCGGCUUGCAGGGCAUUCCUUGGAAAGAUUUUUCAAAAGGUGGCUUUAGCUUUGGGAAAGAAGACUCUUCGAUGGGGAAAGUGUCUGGAAGGAACGGUUCUGGUAAACAAGGGGAUAAGUCUGAGCCUGUUCGCAAGAGCAAGCGGGUGCCCAAGAAACGGUUAAUGGAUGGUGAAUUCGACGAUAAUGAAGAUGAUGAGCUGCGGUAUCUGGAGAAGCUUAAAACUUCAAAGAUUGGUGGGGGUUAUACGGAAGAUGAUGAAGGAUCGAGCAAGAAACAGCGCAAACUUGCCAGUGUGUCUGACAUAGAACGACUUGGUGCAUUUAAGGGCAGCAACGAUGGAAAGAAGAAGCCAAGAGCAGACAGAAUUUCUGAUGAGACGGAAUAUGAGGAAGAAGAUGAAACUGGAUCUGAUGGUGAACUUCAAGGUAGAAAGAAGAAAAGGCAGAAGAAAGAAUCUGUGGAUACCUUGAUGGAUAAUAACAGAAAGGAAAUGACUCUUACGACCCGUCAAAGGGCCCUGCAAUCUAGUAAAGAUGCCUCAGUUACAGCUGGUUCAAUUGAAUACCCCAAUGGAUUACCACCUGCGCCACCAAGAAAACAAAAGGAGAAACUCUCAGAAGUUGAGCAACAACUUAAGAAGGCUGAGGCUGCACAGAGACGUAGAGUGCUAAAUGAAAAGGCUGCACGAGAGUCUGAGGCUGAGGCUAUUAGGAAAAUACUCGGGCAAGAUUCCAGCAGGAAGAAACGGGAAGAUAAGAUGAAGAAGCGUCAGGAGGAAUUGGCAGAGGAGAAGGCUGCCAAUGAAUCAAUCCGUGCAUCAAGUUCCAUUAGGUGGGUCAUGGGUCCGACAGGGACUGUUGUUACAUUUCCAAAUGAGAUGGGUCUCCCAAGUAUAUUUGAUUCCAAAAGUAACAGUUAUCCUCCGCCUCGAGAAACUUGUGUUGGGCCAUCGUGCAAUAACCCGUAUAAGUAUCGGGACUCGAAGACAAGGCUUCCUCUUUGCAGUCUUCAAUGUUAUCAGGCAGUUCAGGAAAAGAUGCUCACAGGAGCAAUAUGCUGAGGAGCUCUACCUGCAUUCUGCCAUGGGGCACGUGAAUAUCUUUGCGAAUCUAUUUUGUCAAUAUCAAUUUGUAUCUAGAGUCGCCAGGAGGACAAGGUUUUUGCAGGUGUAGAAACAUAUAUACCCCUCCGGGAUUAAUUUGCUGAUAAUACACAGCUCAUUUAUUGGUA